GUUUAGUAUAGAAGCGCUAUAAAUUACAGUUAUCUCAGAAAAAUAUCGAGUUUUAAAACUGGUUUAAAAGCCGAAUGAGGCGCGUGUUCUACGAGGGGCGACCAAACACCGAUGGUCAAGUAUUUUGGUUCCAAGACAGCCGAACUGGCUGUGAAAAACAGACGGUUUACUUUGAGAGGAUUAGACAACUGGACUCGGAACUUAUUACGAAGGAACAGAAGCAUCUAGUGAGCGCUAUGGAGCGGUUGAAACAGCUAAAAUAUCCCAGGCGAAAGCCUUUCGUGUUAGACCGAAGUUUGGGACUUGGCGGGAACUGUCGACAAAAUCCGAGAGGCGAAAAAUCGGAGGACAGGCGAUUUGCACUUCGUAUUAAGGGGAAAACAGAGCUGUCUUUGAAUGCGAAACAAAUGGAGAUUUGUGUUGAAAACAAGAGCGAUAGGCAGUUAUUAAGACCUAAAACUGACAAUCUAAGUAGAAGGUUACGUCCCAUAGAGGACGAUAUAAAAACAACGUCAAACGGAAGCCAAGAAAUCCCGCUGGAUUACAACCUAUCACGGAUAAGGUCGAACGCUGGAUUUAGCAAGAGGGGAAUCCAAUCACGUCACCGGAUACUAAAUAUUCCCGGGACUAGAAGAUGCACAAGGGAAGUGCCUGUAUGCGAUGUGCUUUUUCCAAGUCUACCUUGCAUACCGAACGUAGGAUACAAGACAAAUAUCGAGAUUGAAAACAAACUGAGAAUAUUAGAACUGGCUAACGGCGAAUUUCAAACGUGCGGCCUUUCAAAUGCUUCCAGAAGAAGGACUUGCGAGAGACGAUGUGAAACGAAAGGUCGCCUGUUAGGAGGGGAUUUCGCGAAACAGAGCGAUGCUGAAUCGCCGCCUUUGCCAGAUAUUCUAGACGAGAUGUCUCCACAAAAGGACUGUAAAAGUGAGGUGGAGAUUGAAAGGUCGGAAACACAACUAAUGGACGAAAAAUGUGAUGUUGAAUCGCCAAGCACGGGCGAUGCAAGACAGCCUCCUCCACCAACGAGGGUAAACUCGCAAAAGUCAACUCCAGAGACAAAGAGUUUUAGGGAUGAUCCGUUACCAGUCACUAUAAAGGUGGAUUGAAGUACAUAACACUAUAGUUAACCAU